AUGUCGUUCUCAAGGGCAACGCUUGUCGUUGCAUCGAUACUAGCCAUCACAGUCUCUGCUCGUCCUGCCGAGAAGCGAUGGGGCGGAUGGGGAGGUAGCUGGAGCGGAGGAAGCCAUCACUGGUGGAACUCAGCACCGGCACCGUCCUCUGGAGACUUUGGCAAGCGAUGGGGUCUGCAGGCCGGAAGUUGUGAUAUGGCCGCUGCCGUCCAGAACAUGAACCUCGCAGCUGCCGACCCACCACUCCCACCACCACACCCCAGCCUCUCCCUCUUCCAAGUAGUCGUCGGCCGGGGCACGCAAAACUACACCUGCGACCUCUCCAACAGCACCGCGGUCCCCAUCCCCGUCGGCGCCCUCGCCACCCUCUUCGACAUCAGCUGCGUGGCCGCGACCGCCAAAGAACUCCUCCCUGCCCUCUCGAUCGUCGCGCUCGACCUCCCCGUCCCCGACUCCGACGACACCGACUCCCCCAUCAUGCAAGACAUGAGCGGCCACCACUACUUCCUCGACGACACCACGCCCUUCUUCAACAUGGACACCGAGCUGCACCAAUACGGCAUGGGCGCGUUGCAAAAAGCCAACGCCUCCGACGCGCCCAACGACGCUUACGCCGGCCCCGGCGGCACCGGCAACGGCGCCGUACAGUGGUUGAAACUGGACGUCAAGCCCGCGGCGCAGGACUCGUGGAAGCAGGUCUACCGGCUCGACACGGCGGGCGGUGUGCCGCCGGAGACGUGCGAGGAGGCGACGCCGACGAUCGAGGUGCCGUAUGCGGCGGUUUAUUGGUUGUUCAAGUAG